CACAGUUUUAUUUUCCAUCAGGACAGGCAGUACUAUAGCACUAUACUCCAUUCAGUGUGUAUACAUCUGAGCUGCAGUUUUCGUUAUAAUCCCCCUUCAUGACACACUCUACCAGUGCUGGCUGCUGGUACAGUAAAGCUUAAAGCAGUAUCUCGAGCUCCAGCGUGUUGCCAGAUUGGGGAUUUCCUGGUCCAUUAAACUAUUUCUAACCAGUGUUUGAGAAGAAAUAGUACAUGCAGAACGUUCUUAUGAUCGGAGUAUCGACCCAACCUGGCAACCCCUGUCUCCAGUCCCACAGCUUCUUUCAGGCUUACUCUACAGCAGAUGAUGGUGGUGCAGUAUGCAAGCAGCAGUCGUCCUUCGCGCGUGAAACUUGACUUAUCCUGGAAAAGAAACGCCUCCCUUUCUCUCUCUCUCUCUCUCUUUCUUCUUGGUUGUGCUGGAGUGACAGGUGCGACGCAUGCAGGACAAGAAGAGCAAAUCCACCCUGACACAUCCCGUCUGCAAACUUGCAGUCUCUCUCUGAACACCGGCUCCGAGAGCGCAGAGGCUGGGGCGAGGGGCGCGCGCGCGCAGGCUUCCCUCCUCACCGCGCGCGCUCUUUCAGGCUGCGGUACAGAGCGCGCGGGACCAUCUGCGUCCUGUCCUUUGCUUUUCCACGACUCAGCCAUUUUUCAGCAGCACACAUGGAAAUAAUAUGGUCCCGAUGAGAGCUGUGAAGCUUUAACUAGAAAAACUUCGAUUAAAAAAAAAAAAAAAAAAGUGAAGACCGGCUGCGCAAUCCGGCUCAGUGUGGCUAAAUGAGGCUUACUGCAGAAGUCCCCCAUGAUACUACAUCCUCUGGGACCCUCAGUGCUUUUUCUCAGAUGAACACAGAAAUUCCCAUCAGCUAACCUCCUCUCAGAAGAAGGCCCGUCAUCUGUUGAGCAGCUUCCUCAUCUAAAUGCCACUAUGCCCAUCAUCAGCAACACCAACCAUGAUUUUAGCAACCUGUCUGUCAGCGAUGACAGUAGCUUGGACCGCAUCUUCACUGAGAUCCCUGAAACAGAGACAAUCAAAGGUGUGUACUACCAGCGUGCACGCCUCUUACGCCGGCCUGAGGACCUGCUAUCAGUGGAUCAUGCACUACAGGCACUCAUCAAUGUAGGGGGAAACCGAUACACGCUGCCAUGGAGCACGUUGGAGCAGUUCCCAAUGACACGCCUGGGCAAGCUGCGCACAUGCAGGAGCCCUGAGGAGAUCGCCGGCGUGUGUGAUGACUAUGACGAGGCACGCCGCGAGUUCUUCUUUGACCGUAGCCCCAGCGCUUUCCGCGUCAUCUUAAACUUCCUAGCAGCGGGUAAGCUGCGGAUGCUGCGUGAGACAUGUGCGCUGUCCCUGCAUGAUGAGCUGACCUACUGGGGAAUAGAGACGGCAUGCAUGGAACGCUGCUGCAAGCGUAAAAUGUACAUGCGCCUCGAAGAGGUGGCUGACCAUGAACGUCGCAAACAGGAUGAGUUCAGGAGACGCAGUUCUCAGCAGCGCCCCCCACAGGAUGACACAUGCUACCACAGGUUCAUGAGCCAUCUCAGGGACAUGGUGGAGAACCCACAGUCAGGUCUGCCGGGGAAGUUGUUUGCCUGUUUCUCCGUGCUUAUGGUGGCCGUCACUGUCGUCAGCCUGUGCAUCAGCACCAUGCCCGACCUGCGAGAGGAGGAGAACAGGGGUGAGUGCUCUCAGAAGUGCUACCACAUGUUCAUCGUGGAGACCGUGUGUGUGGCGUGGUUUUCGUUGGAGUUUGUGUUACGCUUCCUGCAGGCGCGCAGCAAGCUGGAGUUCCUACGCGGACCACUCAAUAUCAUCGACGCCAUGGCCAUCUUGCCCUACUACGUGUCCUUGGCUGUGGAUGAAGAAGAGGAAGAGGCGGGGUUAGACCAAGAACGCUCAUCUGCAGGCAAGGGCUACCUGGACAAGCUGGGCCUGGUGCUGCGAAUCCUGCGAGCACUGCGCAUCUUAUAUGUGAUGCGGCUAGCACGGCACUCGCUGGGCCUGCAGACUCUGGGGCUGACCGUGCGCCGAAGCACGCGUGAGUUCGGCCUUCUGCUUCUCUUCUUGUGUGUAGCCGUGACACUCUUCUCACCACUUGUGCACCUGGCUGAGAGUGAACUAAGCGGCGAGCAGGACUUCAGCAGCAUCCCCGCCUCCUACUGGUGGGCCAUUAUCUCCAUGACAACAGUGGGGUAUGGCGACAUGGUGCCGCGUAGCAUCCCCGGUCAGGUGGUGGCACUCAGCAGCAUCCUCAGUGGCAUUCUUAUCAUGGCCUUCCCUGCCACCUCCAUCUUCCACAUGUUCUCACGCUCCUACCAGGAGCUCAAACAGGAGCACCAGCGCAUCAUGAAGGAGGAGUGUGCUAAAGCCGCAGCUGCGGCUGUGGACAGACUCGGGGAGGAGUCAGAAAGAAGCGGAGAUCAUCCUCCACCAAUACUGGCUCUCCAUCCAGAUCCUGAAAAGGCUGGAUCCACUGAGGGCAUGUCUCUAUUAGGGAACAGUGGAGACUUGUCAGAGAAUAACACACACUCGUUACCGGUAGGACCCUUGUAGAGACUAUUGACACUAUUGAUAGUGUGGACUUUGUAGUCGUUCCUGAUCUUCUAACCUUUCAGAUGAAGGAAAGGAUGUAAGGAACACUCCGUUUGAAAAAAAACAAUGCCGUAGAGACUUUCACUAUGUGAAUCAGGCUAUUUUGUCUUCCAUCAGCCAUCAGCUGACUAGUUCUAAUUGAAAUACUGCAGUUUUCAUAUUCAGUUUGCUCAAAUCGAAAAGCUUUUUCAGAUUUAAUAAUCGCCCUCAAGCGUAUUAAACCACACAGAUGAUUUUUAUCAUCCCAAUUUGUCAUGGCUAUGGCUUUGUCAUGCUGUAAUGAUAGUAGCCUAGAUCACUUUUGAUUCCUUGUGUCAUUUGUGAGAUCUUCCUUUAAGCCAAUUAAAAUCGACGCAAGCUAGCACAUUAUAUUGGUUUGUUCAAGAUUUAGUAUGAUACUGCUCUCGCAUCAGUGCUACAUUUAUACUGUCAAGAAAAAAAAUAUUCUAGGCACAUUUAGUCAAGCUGUUCCUUUGUAACGUUUUGGACAGACAGCAGUGACUGACCCAUAAAGGAUCCGAAUAAAAGGCUGUAGUUAUCCCAGCACUUUGCCUGUGCUGUUUUCAUCUUUCAUUUGGUUCGCUGAAAGCCUUUUAAUCUGCUCUGACAAAUGUUCAAAACAUUACAGACGCACACAUAUUUAACUUGUGCUUAGUUUGUGUGAAAUUACACACACACACACACACACACACACACACACACUCACUUUCUCAGAAAGACAGAAGAGUCUCUGUGUGUGUGUUGGUGUUUAUGUAUAUGUAGACGGGUCGAUGUCUGUGUACAUUGCAGUCUAUAAGUAAUUAGACAGAAUUAGUGUUGUUUUGGCUCUGCAAUCCAGCACAUUGGAGUUGACAUCAAACAGUGAAAAUCAAUUUAAAGUGUGGCUUUGAUUCAAGAAUACUUCUGGCUCUACAGUGCACUAGUCAUGUUUCACAUGAAUCAUAUGGAUUGAAAGUGGUUUUAAUUUGAAGGGUUGUUGAUUUGAAGUACGCACUUCUGUUUUCAUUUUUGGCACAUCAUACUGUUGUACAAACAACAAAACAACAAUUACUACUCAGUGGUUUACAGUGUGUGUAUGUGUGUAUCUGUGGUUGUUUUAUGAUUUCACAUUCAGGGAAUAUUAUAAAAACAUCCAUGUGCUGACCUAAUUGAGGUCAAUCCUGUCUCCAGAUAAACAGGUUUCUGUCCCUCAUAAUCAGUUCUUUAUAAGGUCAGCGAAUCAACACCUGAUGCUUAUAGGAUGAGACGGCCAACAGGUGUGGGGUAAUCUUGAUGAGAAUGCUGAUUAGAUGUACUGUAAAUUCAUGACAUGACAUUUCACUGCUUUGCCGAACCAAGUCCAAAUUAUGAAAUGACAUACAUCAAAACAUUCUUUAAUGCCUAGGCAUUCUUGAAUCCCAGCCGACCCUGAAAAUGUACGAGACCUCAGAUAUUAUGACAGAUUUCAACCAUCAAACCCCCAUAUUAUAAAAUUUGCCCUGAACAGAUUCGAGCGUCUCUUUAGAUGCAAGAUUCCUGAGCAGUGAUCCCAACUUUCAGAACCUGACCUGCAGAAUUUCUUGUGAGCUUUCUCGUGAUGUAAAGAUGUAAAGAGUUUAAAUACUGAACAUGUUUCAGGGUGGCUACACGUUAGAAGGGUUAAAAUUGGAUUUUACACACUGCACACCACAGGAUAAUCUAGAAAGUUAAUCAUUUAGGACCAGGCUCACUUUUUGCGAUUGUCAGGAGAGCCUUAAAACUUGAUUAGAAUUCAUUAGACUGUUGUUAAUGUACUCAUGUUAUUAGCAUGGAUGGAUGCUAGUUCACCGCAGUUUGUGCAUUUGCUAAUUCUUUGAUAAAAACUAGAACCUGGUACUUUCAGCACUGAUACUCAUUUAAGAGCAAAAUUAGGAUUAACAAUGUUAGCAAAGAAACUCGUCAGUAUGGGCAGGUGGCGCAGAGCCCCAUCACGUAUAUCAGCCAUUCAACAAAGUCCUUAUUCACACUGCCAUGCCUUUUACGUCCUGCUGCCUCUUUGAGUGACCAGAGGCAAAGGAAAGAGGGAUUAAGGAGUGGAUAAUGUGAGAAAAUUAGAAAUGCUUGUGGACCACAGUGACCUUGUUUCCUAUGCAAAGGCUGAGAUGAGAAAAUAAAAAUGUGUCCCUCUAGUCAAAAGCCUGAACUAUUUGAGCUACUAUCAGGCCUUUUCUGUGGACCUUGAGUGUAGUUGGGCUGGAAAUUGGGAAAUUGUGCUGAAACCUGGUGAACACACCUGCUUUGAACACAGCUGAACAAAGGUAUGUCUAAAAUCACUAAAACUAGCUGCUAGACUGUAUGCCAGAUGACUGUAUGAUGGCUGACUCAACUCUCAGUUAUGAGAUUACUCUAUAAGAAACUAUAGAUAAUAACCGAUAGCAUUAGUCAAGUGUGAUAGCCUAUUGACUUCAUUUUGACAUUUAUUACUGUUGUCCUGCCCCACCAAAGUCUCUGGUCACAAGCCGCUGAAAAAAUUUGAAGUUGUUGCCUAAGAUGGGUUAACGCAUUUAUUUAUUUAUUGACUGAUUGAUUGAUUGGUUAAAGGCAUGUUUUCUCACAUUCAGUGAUAAAAAAAUGUACAUUUUUGAAGGUUAUAAUGGCUAAGUGGCAGCCCAAUCAUGGAAUCACAUCUUUGGUCUUGGUUGGAGCCACAUUUAGCAACUUUUACUCUUGAAUGUCACAACUGUAUUUCAUCUACCUGGUUAGUUUGCAUUUAUAUGCACAGUCUUUUCCAUCCCACUUGGUAUUCAUGUGCAUCCUUAGAAGUGUUAAACACAGAGAUAGCGGUUGGUCUGAGCAUUUUAAAGGUAGCACAGAGAGUGAUCUCAGUUCGACCUGAAUACAGUCCGAAUUUCACUGUGAACUCUGGCCUUUUGAAGAUGCUCCAUUUGUCUUCAAACGCACAGUGGGAGGCGAAGCUGGAGCACAGAGGUCUACAUUAAUCAUCAUUGACUGAAACGAAGCCUGCUGGACACACACGCGCACACACACACACACACUCCUUAUAUCUCUGUCUCUUUAAGUAGUACGAUUGUUAAAGGAAGUUGUUGUCCAUCAGUCUCAGCUGGACACAGAUGCUGGUGCUGGUAAUGGAGUUUAAGAGGAAGACAAUCAUGCUAGUUGCUGCAGGUGUUAAUUAAAUAUCCCAGCCAUACUCAGGGUUUCUCCCAAGUUUCAUCACUGCGGCAGACUGACUGAACCUUCACUGUGUUUGACAGAUGGCUGUAAUUGGAUUUUUGGGUACAUUUCAUGGACCUACAAUAUGAUCAAUUUUCCUUCUCCCCCUCUUUUUUCGGGCGAAGCUUUAAAAAUGAAUAAUGGGGCUGGGUAUGGAUGAUGGCAGAUUUAAUGCUCUAUGCAGGUUUAAUUUCUCAGUAUAGUUCUCUGCAUCUGUUCACCACAAACUGGCAAAGCAGAGAUGAAGAGAAAAGGAUCUUCAUUUAUAUUUGUUAUCCCUUGUUUGUGAAGAAGUGCCAUAUGAUGUUCUUUAUGCUAACAAGCUGUUUGUCCAUUAUUAUGGGAGAGUUUAUAAAGCUGUUUGUUAUUUGCAGAGUCUAUUUGAGACCAAAUUAUCUCCUUUCUACUUCUGUGCCUUCCAUUACAGCAGAUGGGUCUUUCUCUGACUGCAAUGUAGACUUAUAUUCUGAGGAAAUGAGCUGUGAUCACAGCUGAAGACUGUAUAUUAAUGACUACACACAGUGUGUUAAAGCAUUGAUGCACUUUAACCAUUCUAAAUUAUAAAAAUGAAAUAAGCUGUUAAAGACUGGAUAAUAGAAUUGUAUGCUUUUGUAUUACUCUUUAAUCCACAGGUGCGUCUGAAUCACAGGAUGCAGAGAUGAUGUGAUGCAGGUUGUAAUGUUCCUUCUGGGGUUAUGAAGCUGCUCUCUUUCUGCAGCUUCUCUAAUGACUUCUGUUUGACUUCUCAAGUUCUCAAAAUCUUAAAACUGACUGAUCAAAAUGUGUCGAGUAAUUUUCCAUAACAGCAGCACUGACAGUGCCAGCUGUAAUUCAAACCAGAGGUUUAUAUUAAAGCACUAAUACAUUCUAAUAUGUUACUGUUUCUAGAGUAACGACUCAUUUACAGGGUCUUGUAUGGAGGACGUUCCAUGUGAUUUAAGGCUAAUAAUAAAUGGAAAAAAUGUGUAAUUUGACAAAGAAAAACAUUUAAUUAUUGAUAUGCUGAAGCCUUCUGUAAGGACAUGUUUAUUUAGCAUGUUUGGAAGGAGUCUCCAUUUUCAGAGUUUUGUAGCAGUCAGUAUGUUUUCUGCCAGGGGAGAGACUUCAGGACCGAAUGCAUUCCAGUUUCUCUGUAAGAUGACAAGCUGCUUUUUUUUUGUCUUAACAUACGCUGAGAAGCAGGAAGCAAGUUGAAAUCCUCAGUGUUGAGUUUAUUAGGGAAAAUCCAAUCAUCAUCAUCAUUAAACCAUGCAAGGCUCAGAACACAAGUAGGCAGAUAUAGACAAGGAUAAUCCAUACUCAAAAACCAAGAAAAUAGGAGAUGGUCUAAGGAAGUAAUACCAGAACCACGAAAAACACAGUAACAUGGAAACACAGAAACACAGCUCAGCACAUAAUGACAAAAUGCAUGGUAAGACUUUGGGAAGGCACGAAGAACAGAAACAGUACAAUCAGGAUGUACUGUACACCAGUCAGAGGACAGGGGUGGAGACAAGACAAAUUCACAACAAAAAGCAUAUGUGCAGACAAUGACAAAAAGACACAAUAUAUAAACUACACUCACUAGCACUCCAAGAGGGGAAUUAUGUGAAAAUUACCUUAAAGAAAGAGGAAAAAAGAGAGGCUAUGGAUGAAAUAACUGUUUAUUUCAGCUGCUAUAAUGUAAGUGAUAACAGAAACUAACUUGUCUUACAGACAUUCCACAACAUUAUAUGGUUAAAAAGUGUCAUUCAUUUAAAACAUUUUAAUCGUUGGCAAAUUGCUGUGGUAUAAGAAGAAUAACAGACUUCAUGCUGUUAUUGGAAAAAUAAUCAUACUUACUUGAUCUACUACAAUCUUACUUGAUGAAUUUGUGGAAUUAUCAUUAACAACUGGUAUGUGAAAAACAUGCCAGUCUAUUAGGUACACCUACAGAGUAUGUGAGUAAGACUCGAGGUAGCAGUGAUGGAGAGGAGGUGGUGAUUAGUGGUUUCUGCCAGUAAAACAAGAUUGAAGUGUUAUGUUCACGAUCUUAUCACUACAGACAGGUAAUUACAUCUUACUGAGAAAUCCUGGCCAAGACCUAAUCAAUCAAUGUCUGUCUAUUCUAUUCCGCUUGUUACAGCCAGAAUUUACUGCUGGACCUGUAAAUCUUCUGUGUAAUAAAUCUGCACCCUGACCUACUGGAAGAAAUUAAAAGAGUCUACUAUAUUGAGGUAACUAUUGUUAUCUUAAAUACAGUAGCAUUAUAAUUUGUGAAUGCAUUCAGAAAGAAAUAUUAAGCAUAAUAAUUUUGCCUGUUAUUACAUCCUUAUUACUCCAAAUGUCCAAACCAGUCAUGUUUCUUGCUUCUGUCUGUCUAUUUCAGGAUAAUAAAUGGAAUAAUUCUGUAUUUCCUGUCUGGUGGUGCAAAGUGAUAUGAACCCAAGUCAAGAGCUUGUGAA